GCCCGGGUCCUGGGCUCGGCCGACGAGGGGGCGCCGGGGGGGGGGGGUUAAUGAGGUUUACCUGUCCUUGAUUCUGUUGACCUUGAGGAUGUCUUUUUUUUGUUUUCUUCCCUUUGGCUCUGCUGUCCGCCACCCCCGUUUGGACCGCGAGCCCGUCAGGGGGCAGGGACGGUCCUUAUCUGUGGCCCAACUGCCCGUGCCGAGCGCUUAGGCCAGUGCUCUGCACAGAGGAAGCGCUCAAAUCGUGCCCCGCGCGGGGGAGGCCCAGAGACACCCCCCAAAAGCUGGGCAGCCCCACCCGUCGGCAGGCUUAGGAGGAGUACAGGGGACGCAUUGUAUGGUGCUCUCCCAAGCGCUUAGUACAGUGCUCGACUCACGGGGAGCGCUCAGUAAAUGCCAGUGAUUGCUUCAAGGGAAUGCCGCUCCCCCCACCUCCCGAGGGCCAAGAAAACAAGCCGUGGAACCUGCCACUGGCAAGGAGAAUGGCAGGAAAAGUCAAAUGGGUAACGGAUAUCGAGAAGUCCGUGCUGAUCAAUAACUUCGAGAAGAGAGGAUGGAUUCAAGUGGCCGAAAAUGAAGACUGGAAUUUUUAUUGGAUGAGUGUCCAAACGAUCCGGAACGUUUUCAGCGUGGAAACCGGCUACCGCCUCUCCGACGAUCAGAUCGUCAACCACUUCCCGAACCACUAUGAGCUGACCAGGAAGGACCUGAUGGUAAAGAAUAUUAAGCGGUACAGAAAAGAACUCGAGAAAGAAGGGAGCCCCUUAGCAGAGAAGGAUGAGAAUGGCAAGCACCUUUACUUGGAUUUUGUGCCGGUCACUUUCAUGCUUCCUGCCGAUUACAACCUCUUUGUAGAGGAAUUCAGAAAAAACCCUUCCAGCACCUGGAUUAUGAAACCUUGUGGGAAAGCGCAGGGAAAGGGGAUAUUCCUCAUCAACAAACUGUCGCAGAUUAAGAAGUGGUCUCGGGACAGCAAGACGUCCUCGUUCGUGGCCCAGCCGUCUAAAGAAGCCUACGUGAUCUCGCUGUACAUUAACAACCCGUUAUUGAUUGGCGGGAGGAAGUUCGACCUGCGCCUGUACGUGCUGGUAUCCACGUACCGCCCCCUGCGCUGCUACAUGUACAAAUUGGGGUUUUGUCGGUUUUGCACAGUGAAAUACACGCCCAGUACCAGUGAGUUGGACAACAUGUUUGUUCAUCUCACCAACGUGGCCAUCCAGAAACAUGGGGAUGACUACAAUCACAUCCACGGGGGCAAGUGGACGGUGAAUAACUUGAGGUUGUACCUGGAGAGCACGCGCGGGAAGGAGGUCACGAGCAAACUGUUUGAUGACAUCCACUGGAUCAUCGUGCAGUCGCUCAAGGCCGUAGCGCCCGUAAUGAACAAUGACAAGCACUGCUUCGAGUGCUACGGCUACGACAUCAUCAUCGACGACAAGCUCAAGCCGUGGCUGAUUGAGGUCAAUGCCUCGCCGUCCCUCACCUCCAGCACAGCCAACGACCGCAUCCUCAAAUACAACCUCAUCAACGACACCCUGAAUAUUGCCGUGCCCAACGGUGAAAUUCCAGACUGCCGGUGGAACAAAUCACCCCCCAAGGAAGCGCUGGGGAACUACGAGAUUCUGUACGACGAAGAGUUGGCCCAGAGUGAGGGAGCGGACCGGGAUUUGAGGAAUCGGCCCGGUCAGUCCGUCGGGUCCAAGGGUGGUCGAGUGAGAGACGCAGGAAGGGCCAUGCUCACGACGUGGAAAUAGCGACACCCGGCAACAAGGUGGCUGCCAGACCUGGACUCUGUGGGGACUCAGACGGGCCUGGCCUUGAUCCAGGGGCUUCUGACAAUCUCCCCAUCCUGACUGCUCCCUCCCCCACCAACAUGCUACUGGGAAGCAGAGUCCCAACCCGGCUGGGAGACCCAGUGGUCCAGUUGCACUCUCCUGCCCGAGAGACGGCCAUUCACCGUUGACUGCUGCCCGCUGUCCCCGUGGUCCUGGUGGACCCUGUGGUAGGAGCCUGCCCACCUAUUGCGCGAGGCCUCGCCUGUUCCAGAAAGCGGCUCCCAGCUGUGUUUUGCCUAAAGGAUUCACCCUCAGGCGGCUCCCAGCCCUGGGACCAGGCACAGGCACGUUUGGUUUUGGGUUUGCUUUGGCUUUCGGUCUCCUCCGGCAUGCCUUGGGCAAGCCAGUGACGGUGGCAGGUGCAGGUAUAUGAUCACGUGUGUCCAGCCCAGUUGGUGCGGGCCCGUCCUUGCCUGGGGUGGAGUGAAUUUCAAAGCGGUGAGGGAGGAGGUGGCCACCUCGGCACCCGCUCUGACAGUUGUGACCUGUUCUCGGCUUUCUCCUCCUGUGCCAGUGCCAGGUCCGGGGGAGGGUCUCAUUGGUGGGAGUCGAUGGUCAGCCCCAACCUCACGGCCCUCUCCUGGGCGGCACAUCACCGUGCUGGUCUUCUCCGACCGACUUGGGGAAAAUCAAGAGGAGGCCGGGGAGCACUGUGGCCAACACAUCAGCGAUCUGAUCGUUUGGGUUGAUGGAUACACCAGAGGAACUCCAGAGGCCUUGGGCCACUUCAGCUUGAGGGCUUCUAUAGCGCUUUCUCCUUCAAUCAAUCGGUGGAAUUAUCUGAGCACCUUCAGGUGCAGGGCACUGUACUAAUGAGUCCAACGAUGGUAUUCAUUGAACACUUGCUGUGUGCAGAGCACUGUACUUAAGCACUUGGAUGAGGACAAUACUAUAGAGAUAGUAAGCACGAUCCCUGCCCACAAGGGACUUCCAGUUUAAUGCGGGAGACUGACGGAACUUAUUUAUAGAAAGGAGAAAAAAGAGAAGGGAACGGUAGAGAGGUGGAAUAAGUACUUAAAUAAUAAUGAAAAUUAACAUGAACAGGAGGGCCCUGGGGACUUGGACAACUUAAAUGGGUGCAGUGCGGCCUGGGGAGAAGAACAUUAAUCAGGGAAGGCUUCCUGGAGGAAAUGGGAUUUCAGAAGAGCAUCGAUGCAGUCUGUCAGAUACUCUCUUGAAACGCUAUCCUUCUACCCUGGGGAAGACCUCGUUCUAAUACUUUACCUCAAAAAGAAUCCUGUCACCUCAGGUCCUGUCCUGCCCAUCCCGGUGUGAGAGUUUUGGAAUGUAUAAUUGGUAUGUGAGAAGUCCCUCAGGUGGUUUUCUCCCAGCCAGGAAGGUAGUAGAACUGGAGACUGCAAAGAAACUAGAGACUCUGCAGGCCAACUGACCAGUCUACUGCAGGUCAAAUGAUUUUUGGGCCAUUCGACCUUCCCUUGUCCUGAGUGGGCCUGGGGAUUUUGCUUUGAAGUGUGAAAAAAACCACAAAACUAGGCUUCCAAUAGUGGUAGUCAUCAUAGUAAUAGUGGGGGGUGGGGGCGAACUGUAUUAUUGAGGGCCCACUGAGUGCGGUGCCCUGUAAAAACCACUUUAAGCUUUCAUUAGUUGUCGUAGUAACGGUAUUUAUUGAGGCCCCACUGGGCGCAGUGCACUAAAGAAGUACAGUGGAUGAAACACGUACCCACAAGAAGCUUACCCUCAGUUGGGGAAGGAGACAUAGAACUAUUUAAAUUGCAACUGAUCUGAAUCUUACUGAAGAAAUUUUGUGGUCUGGAGAAAGAGUGCUGAGAUUUGGCCCCAGCUCUGCCACUGACUCACCGGGUGAUGCCGUAUGAGUCACUGACUACUCUGUGGCUCAGUUUCUCCAGCCAAUCUGUUCUACCUUACCUCAGGCGAUGUGAUGGAAAAUGAGAUAAUGUAUGGAAAAGGGCUUUCAGUUCUUAGGGAGAAAAAAUAUCUCAGUUUGAGGCAUUUAUCACUGCAGUUUGUAUGUGACUGGAUCUUUGCUGAUUCGAACAUUUGAUUUUUGCAGGUGAUUUUCCAGUAGAGUGCUCAAGAUCA